AUGAGAAACCAUACAGCAGUAACAGAGUUUAUCCUCCUGGGAUUGUCAGAUGACCCAAAACUUCAGAUUGUGAUUUUUGUCUUUCUGAUCAUCACCUACAUGCUCAGCAUCACUGGGAACUUGACUAUUAUCACCCUUACCCUGGUCGAUGCCCAACUCCAAAGCCCCAUGUACUUUUUCCUCAGGAAUUUCUCCUUAUUAGAAGUUUCAUUCACAACUGUUUGUAUACCCAAGUUCCUAGACACCAUUGUUACAGGAGAUAAAACUAUUUCUUUUAAUGAUUGCAUCACGCAGUUAUUUUUUUUCAUUCUUUUGGGAGUUACUGAAUUUUACCUUCUGGCUGCCAUGUCUUAUGACCGUUACAUUGCCAUCUGCAAACCCCUGCAUUACGUGACCAUCAUGAAUCAGAGAGUCUGCACACUGCUGGUCUUCUCUUCAUGGCUGACUUCAUUCUUAAUCAUAUUCCCUGCACUCAUGUUGGUCUUAAAGCUCGACUACUGCAGAUCUAAUAUCAUUGACCAUUUUACCUGUGAUUAUUUCCCCCUACUGCAACUUUCUUGUUCUGACACAAAAUUCCUAGAGAUGAUGGGUAUCUCCUGUGCUGUGUUUACUCUAAUGUUUACAUUAGCAUUAAUAAUUCUGUCUUACAUAUAUAUCAUCAGAACAAUUUUGAAAAUCCCUUCCAGUAGUCAGAGGACAAAGGCCUUUUCCACAUGUUCUUCCCACAUGAUUGUCAUCUCCAUCUCUUAUGGCAGCUGCAUUUUCAUGUAUAUCAAUCCAUCAGCCAAAGACAGGGUAUCUUUGAGCAAGGGAGUAGCUGUGCUGAACACCUCAGUAGCCCCUAUGCUGAACCCUUUUAUUUACAGUCUAAGGAAUCAACAAGUCAAGCGAGCCUUUAUGGACAUGGCAAGAAAGACUGUAUUUUUUACAAGUAAAUAA